AUGAGGCAAGGGCCUGUGCUGGGAGUGCGACAUGUCCAGGUGUUGAUGCUGUUCUUCGCCAUGGUGAUCUGCUUCACCAUGAGGGUCAACAUGAGUAUGGCUAUUGUGGCUAUGACUGACUCUAGUGCAGGGGAAGGGGCAUUCGAUUGGAGCAUGCAGAUCCAGAGUGUGAUCCUCUCCUCCUACUUCUGGGGUUACAUAAUACUGCAAAUCCCCAGUGGUGAAUUAGCUGCCAGGUACGGCGGCAUGAUCCUCGUCACCAUCUGCAUAGCUGUCAACUCAGCGGUAUCGCUACUCAUACCCAUCGCGACGUACUAUGGCGGUUGGCAGUUACUGUGCGGAUGUCGAGUCCUUCAGGGACUGUCUCAAGGCUGCUUGUAUCCGACGAUGCAUAACCUUAUUGGCAAAUGGGUUCCGUUGGAGGAAAAGAGCAGACUCGGAACCCUAAUAUAUGGCGGCGCACAAUUGGGAACAGUUAUACAGUUGGUAAUAUCAGGCUUCAUAGCAAACUCCUGGGGCUGGCCAGCCAUUUUCUACGUCAACGGUGCUACGGGCGCCAUCUGGGUAGUCGCCUACGUGUUCCUCGGCUCUGACUCUCCACAACGAUCGAAGAUGAUCAGCGAGACUGAGCGGCUAUACAUUCAAACAUCCCUUGGACAGGUUGGGGAACAGAAGAGGUUGCCAACUCCUUGGAAGAAGAUAAGCACGAACCUGUCCUUCAUUUCCCUGAUAGUGGUCCACUGUGGACACAACUGGGGCUUCUGGACUCUGAUGACUGAGAUGCCGUCAUACAUGAAGCAAGUGCUUGGAGUCGACAUCAAAGCUAAUGGUGUAAUGUCGGCUCUCCCUUACCUAGCCAUGUAUAUUCUAAGUUUCCCCUUCGGAUUCUUAUCGGAUUACAUCUUGGAGAAGAAAUGGCUCAGCAUCAGCGCUUGCAGGAAAAUUUCCAGUUCUAUUGGUGAAUACGGUCCCGGUUUAGCUCUCAUAGCAUUAUGUUACGUGCCCGCUGGUAAUGUCACGCUGGCUGUCACCCUGCUCACCGUCGUAGUUGGACUUAACGCCGGCCAUAUGACUGGAUAUUUGCUGGUUCACAUCGACAUGGCGCCAAACUUCGCCGGUACCAUGAUGGGCAUCACAAACUUCUUUGCCAACAUCAUCGGCAUCAUCGCUCCUCUAGUCGCUGGUCUUAUCCUACAGGAUGAGACCGAUCCAACUCAAUGGCACCUAGUAUUCUACGUUUCAUCUGCUAUCUACAUUGUCACCAAUACUUUCUUCAUCGUCUUCGGCACCAGUGAGAGGCAAAGUUGGAACGAGCCUGAAAACAACGAGGUCACUUCUGGUAAGAUCUUUGGAAUUCGGCACCUUCAGGUGUUAUUAUUAUUCUUUGCUUUAGUACUGGGAUUUGCAAUGAGAGUCAAUAUCAGCAUGGCCAUAGUCGCUAUGACAGACAAGAGAAGUGAAGACCCAUUUGACUGGAACAUGCAGACCCAAAGCGUGGUCUUCUCUUCUUUCUUCUGGGGGUAUAUAGUACUGCAGAUCCCUAGUGGCGAACUGGCUGCCAGGUACGGUGGAAUGAUCCUCAUUACCAUAGCCAUCGCUGUGAACUCCGUCGUUUCGCUAUUUAUACCAUAUGGAGCAUACCAUGGAGGCUGGCAAGGGCUGUGCCUACUCCGUGGUAUUCAGGGUUUAUCUCAGGGCUGUCUGUUUCCAACCACGCAUCAUCUUAUAGGUAAAUGGGUACCUUUGGAAGAGAAAAGUCGGUUUGGUACUUUUAUAUAUGGAGGUACCUUGCUCGGUACCGGCAUACAGAUGGUAGCCUCAGGCUACAUAGCCGAGUAUUGGGGUUGGCCAGCCAUUUUUUAUGUAAAUGGUAGUCUCGCUGCCAUCUGGGUGAUGUUCUACAUUGCCCUUGGAGCAGAUUCUCCUCAGAAGUCAAGGAUAAUCAGCACAGAGGAAAGAAUGUAUAUACUGACAUCACUUGGACAAACUGAUGGCCAAAAGAUACUGAAAACUCCGUGGAAGAAGUUAGCUACUAGUGUGCCCUUCAUAUCUCUGACAGUGAUGCACAGUGGACACAACUGGGGCUUCUGGACCCUCAUGACUGAGAUGCCUUCUUAUAUGAAACUAGUGCUUGGAGUCGAUAUUAAGGAGAGUGGCGCUAUGUCAGCUCUCCCGUACUUUGUGAUGUAUAUUUUAAGUUUCCCCUGUGGUUUCAUAUCGGAUUAUGGUUUAAAGAAGAAAUGGUUUAGUAUCAAUACUUGUAGAAAAGUUUCCAAUUCCAUUGGUGAAUACGGUCCAGCACUUGCUUUGAUAGUGCUAUGCCACUCGCCCGUUGGUGACGUCACACAGGCAGUAGGUCUUCUCACCCUCGUUGUCGGCCUGAAUGCAGGGCAUUUGUCUGGAUUCAUGCUGGUCCACAUCGACAUGGCUCCCAACUUUGCUGGUACCAUGAUGGGCAUCACCACUUUCUUCGCUAACGUCAUUUCUAUCAUCGCACCUCUAGUGGCCGGAAUUUUGCUUGAGGAUGAGUACGACUACCACCAGUGGCAGCUGGUAUUCUACGUGACGUCAGGCAUUUAUAUAGUCACCAAUACCAUCUUUAUUAUCUUCGGCACAAGUGCGAGGCAGCCUUGGAAUGAGGAUCCUGAUGCAGGCGAUGCUGAAAGUAGACCAAGUUCUGAUGUUGCGGAAAAUAAAAGCGUUAACUGAAUCUCAUCUGCUCAUCAAGGUUCAAACAAUUAUAAUUCAGUACUUCAAAAUAGGGUUACUUAGUUGUAUUUAAUUAUCUUACGACUGGCUGUCAAUGGGAUGAAACUGAUACGUUUCCAAAACUAUGAGAACACAUUGUAUGAAUAUGAUAUCACACGAUUUAUAUGAUAUCGAUCUUGCUGAGCUGUUGUUGUGUCUAUCUGUGUACUUUUCCUGAUACAUUUGUAAAUUUUGUAAAUAUAAAUAAAUAAUGUUUAGCUUUUGUAUUAUCAACUUUAUUCUAAUCCUUU